AUGAAGUUCACCUGUGCCCUGCUCCUUUUGGUCACCGUGGCAUGUGUCCUGGUGGGCAAGUCAAGUGCGGCCAGUUCCACAACUACGACAGAAGCCGCCACCACUACCACAACCACCACAGCUGCCUCGGCCUCGUCCUCGGCCACUACAGAAUCCGCCACGACCACAACCACAACCACAACCGUGGCUUCAUCAGCUAGCAAAAUAGCAACAAAAAGAAAGUGGAAGGUUGUGAGGAAACCAAGCAAAAAAGUCAUAAAACGCAGAAGGCGCACAAACAGCAAAAAACACCAAAGUGAUUAA